GAGCAGAAGAAAUGUCAGCGAAAAUAGUCCAGCCGCAUUAAAGGCAGUUGGCGUCGCCAUCAGCGAUCUUUUCAGUCGCAUGCUGAAGUGGUGAACGGAUCAUGUCUAGCGAUUCUGCUGAUUACAACAGCUCAAGAGAUAGAGACCAUGGGGGGCCAGAAGGAAUGGAGCCUGAUGGUGUCAUCGAGAGCAACUGGAAUGAGAUUACAGACAAUUUCGAUGAUAUGAACCUGAAGGAGUCUCUUCUCAGGGGAAUAUACGCGUAUGGUUUUGAAAAGCCGUCUGCCAUUCAGCAGAGGGCCAUCAUCCCGUGCAUCAAAGGCUACGAUGUCAUUGCCCAAGCCCAGUCAGGAACUGGCAAGACAGCCACGUUUGCCAUCUCUAUCUUGCAGCAGCUGGACAUAGAGCAGAAGGAGACUCAGGCUCUGGUGUUGGCUCCCACCAGAGAGCUGGCUCAGCAGAUCCAGAAGGUCAUUCUGGCUCUGGGUGACUACAUGGGGGCGACGUGCCACGCCUGCAUCGGAGGCACCAACCUCCGCAGUGAAAUUCAGAAGCUCCAGGCCGAGGCCCCUCACAUAGUGGUGGGUACGCCGGGCCGCGUGUACGACAUGCUCAACAGGAGGCAUCUGUCUCCAAAAUGGAUCAAGAUGUUUGUUCUGGAUGAAGCUGAUGAGAUGUUGAGUCGAGGGUUUAAGGAUCAGAUCUAUGAGAUCUUCCAGAAGCUCAGCACAAACAUUCAAGUGGUCCUGCUCUCUGCCACCAUGCCUGCUGAUGUGUUGGAGGUGACCAAGAAGUUCAUGCGUGACCCCGUCCGCAUCUUGGUGAAGAAGGAGGAGCUUACCCUGGAGGGUAUCAAGCAGUUCUACAUUAACGUGGAGAGAGAGGAGUGGAAGCUGGACACUCUGUGUGAUCUGUAUGAGACUCUGACCAUCACCCAGGCGGUCAUCUUCCUCAACACCAGGAGAAAAGUGGACUGGCUGACUGAGAAGAUGCACGCCAGGGACUUCACAGUAUCUGCUCUGCAUGGAGACAUGGACCAGAAGGAGCGAGAUGUAAUUAUGAGAGAGUUUCGUUCCGGGUCCAGCAGAGUGUUGAUCACAACCGAUCUUCUGGCUCGUGGGAUCGACGUCCAGCAGGUUUCCCUGGUCAUCAACUAUGACCUUCCCACAAAUCGUGAGAAUUACAUUCAUAGAAUCGGUCGCGGCGGCCGUUUCGGCAGAAAAGGAGUCGCCAUCAACUUCGUCACCGAGGAGGACAAGAGGAUUCUUCGAGACAUCGAGACGUUUUACAACACCACUGUGGAGGAGAUGCCUAUGAAUGUGGCCGACCUGAUUUGAGCCCUGAGAUCUUUUUUUCUUUUUCUUUUUUUACGCAGUGAUAGCGAUCGUCCACUUGCAUUGUGCUUAUAUUAUUCGAGGGGGAGAAAAAAAAAACUACUCAAUGCUAAACCUUGGAUCAGAUUUUUGGUGUGCGUUAAAAGAGAGGUGACUCGUAUGGUGGUCCCUCCUGGACAGUUGUAAGUUCUGACUCGUCGGCCGGCUGGUUGGAGCUACAGAGCCAUGGGGCGUGUAAACAUUAGGGUCCUUAUCAGGUAUUUCUUUUCAUGUUUAAAUAAGAUGCGUGUAUUCGAUGUUCUCCACCGUUUAGUAACCUACUUGUGGACUAAAAGGUAUAAGUGCUGUAUAAAGUCUGCAAAUUAUGUUAUGCUAACAUAUGUGCGAUGUCUUGUGGGCCUGAUUAAUAGACACUUGUCAUGUUAUACUGUAGAUUCACUUGCUUUUUUUUUUGUUGGUUUCUUUUGUGAAUGUGUUUAAUUUAAAUGUACCAUAUAUUUUUUUUAAUCCCACAUGCUAUAUCAGAGUUCCUUACAGGUUGGCCAUAUUUUGCUGCCGUGGUUUUACCCUUAACAGAGUAUAUUGCCAUUUCCACUCCCCACUGACUCCUUCUUUUCUCUCUUGCAGUGUAUGAAUGUCUUAAUAAACAGAAAUUGCUGUAAGUAAAUGUAUUGUACUGCUGUUGUGUCCAGGUCGGUGAAUGUGUGAGGGUCAGAUCAGUUUUGUUUGUGGAAGAUGGUGGUGUAGAGCUCCCUCUACAGGCCACCAGGAGUAAAUCAGCUGCAUUGUGUCUGUAGAAUCUAAAAGUGGGUAUUUUUUUUGCUGUAUUUUGUUGAGGCAAAAAUAUCUCAAUUUAUGAAAGUAAACCCUAAUUAAACUUUGCACUAAUAUUUA